AUGUUCAAUCAUUCCCUGCCAUACCAGUGCAAGGAACACGAACGGUGCCAGUACAGUUCCGCCAAACGCAACAAUGUAGAGCUACACGUUCAGAGAAUGCACCGACCAGAGGAACACUUGUGCUGUGACCAGAAAUUCUCGACUAAGUUCGCCUUGGACGAGCACACGCAGAAAGAGCAUCCGUCAGGCGAGUACAAGUGUACCUAUCCGAGAUGUAAUGUCGUAUGUCCCCGUCGACAUCCGCUGUAUCGCCACGCACAGGUCCACACGGGCAAGAAGCCUCAUCAUCGUACCGAACGCGAAUACAGAUCCAACAGCUACAGCAACCUGCAUCGUCAUGCACUAUCUGUUCCCGGUGCCGCUCUGCCCGAGUCAUCAAGGGGGCGUUGUGAACCGGACAUUCCCUUUAGCUCGACGUCUCAUUUGCCUGACAGGCAUCAUGUAAUGUAUGACGACAGCAGAGGUCUAGACGAAUACGCUCAAUCGGCGGUGGGAGCGGCUAGCAAAAGGUACAGUGAGGCUCAACUCGACGUUCUGGAUUUGAGCUACAAGGCAGCCUCCCAGCGGUACGAUGUCUCGAGCAUGGCGUCCAAUAUUGAAAAUGACGGCGGAAUGCACUUGCUUCCAACUCCGCCGCUUUCCGACAUGACUUCUGAAGAGGCCACGCAGCCUCAAAAAGUAUAUGUCACGUUCUGUCCGGACUGUCUUCAAUGGUUUGAAAAUAAGCGGGAACUUUCGCGUCACAGAGGUGAAAAUCACGAAUUCAGCAAGUUAGAUGCAGCGCUGGCCUUGCUGGAACUCGCUGGAAGCAGCUUAGAGGAUAGCUCUAUAUCUGGUGUCCUUGCCGGUCAUGUUUGA